AUGUAUGCAGAGACUGGGCUUUUGUUCCCUUAUUUCCAGAAUUCACCUCAAGAUUUUCAGCAACUUGAGGAGUUCUGCAGAACCCAGAAGUCAAAUGCUUCAGUGAAUAGCUUCGCCGAGGCCUCUAUGAUAUCAGAAUAUGACCUGGGAGGAGAAUGGGAUCUAUUCAAAGCUCCAGAGCCUAUAAUUGAAGAGCCGGGCAUUGGCCUUGAUCCCUUGACAGCAACCAUUUCAAUGAUAUCUUGUGGGGAAGAUGUCACCUGCUCUCAAGGGCUAAAGGUUGCAGACAUUGAAUCAUUUCAAAGUGAGCAGCUUUUGAGUGAUGUCUUCUAUGACAAGGAUCUCUUAGGGAAAGAGGCAAUAGGGGAACCACUUUCUGAGGCCCUAGAUAUCAAAAUUCCUAUUUUGACAAUGGAUGCAAAUCAAAUUCAGGAAAACAAACCAAUUCGCGAUGUAACAUUCCAGAAAAGUGUCAGCUCAGGAUGUUUAACCUCAAGGGAGUGGAUGCAUGGAACUUCAACGAAGCCAAGUUUCCUGGAUUUUCCUGGAAUGGAUUUUGGUGCUGCUUAUGGUAUUCGGAGGGCAUAUAGUGAAGGAGAUAUUAAGACUCUUGAUAACAUCAACACAAGCCUCGUCCAUUCUUCGCUUGAGCGGCCCAUAGUCAUCAGCAACUGCACCACUGAGGAACGCAGGGAAAAGCUUUCAAGAUACCGCAACAAGAAGACAAAAAGGAACUUUGGAAGGAAAAUCAAGUAUGCAUGCAGGAAGGCCCUUGCAGACAACCAGCCGAGGAUCCGUGGAAGAUUUGCAAAGACUGAAGAAACUUAUGGCAAGAGGCAAUAA